CUGGGGUGAAAAAUAAAAUAACCAGAAAAGGAAGGGGAUAAAGUAUAAAAUCCGCCUCUUCUCCUUUACCGUGAAACCACACUCCAGUGAGAAACGUAGCCCUCGUUAGGUUAGAGAAGUUGGAAAAUCAGAUUUUUCAAGUCAAAGUUGCUCUACAGAAAAUUUUGGACGGUGACUGAUCCAAGUGGCUUUUGAGUUUUCAAAAGAACUUUAAGAUACAAAGUUUUGGACAAUGUCAGACAUGGAGUCUUUGUGGAAACUUGUUUAUCUGCUGGAACCUGCUCCAGUUACCCUCAUUUUGACAGCCAUAGCAGUGACAUUUGCAUCUGCUACUCGAGCUCUGAAUUAUGGAAGAGAAAUUGAGCGGAACUGGGACUUAUCUGAAGCAACUAUUAUGUUAGACAGGUCUCAGGCGCUGAUGAUCCCAGUAAUGAGCUCUUGCAGCCUGCUUUUGAUGUUUUAUUUGUUCUCUUCUGUCUCACAACUCCUCACUGCUUUUACUGCAGUUGCCUCUGCAUCAGCUCUGUACUUCUGCCUAUCACCAUAUGUUAGUCACGUCAAGUCACAGUUUGGUUUAUCUGACCCAUAUGUGUCUCGAUGCUUUUCUCAAUCAUUUACCCGAACCCAAGGGCUUCUACUGUUGAUCUGUGUUGCUUUAGUAGUAUCGUGGCUUGUAUCUGGGCACUGGAUUUUGAACAACUUGUUGGGUAUCUGUCUUUGCAUUGCUUUUGUCAGCCAUGUUCGACUUCCCAACAUCAAGAUAUGUGCACUUCUCCUUGUUUGUCUGUUUGUCUAUGACAUAUUCUGGGUAUUCUAUUCAGAGAGAAUUUUUGGAGAAAAUGUUAUGGUAUCUGUAGCGACACAACAAGCAUCUAAUCCCAUGCACACAGUGGCUAAUAGUUUAAGUCUUCCUGGACUGCAGUUGAUUACAAAAGAACUCGAGUUGCCAGUCAAGAUUGUCUUUCCAAGGAAUAUGCUAGGUAGUGCAAUACCUGGAAAUAGUGACUUUGACUACUUGAUGCUAGGUCUUGGUGACAUGGCUAUUCCUUCAAUGCUUGUAGCUUUGAUUCUCUUUUUUGAUAACAGACAAAGCAAGGAUUCCAUGAGUGCCACCGAUAUACAAUCUUCAAAGGGGUUUAAGUAUUUUUGGUAUGCCCUCUCUGGAUAUGCAGUUGGACUGGUUGCUGCCUUAUCAGCUGGAACUUUGUCGCAUUCUCCUCAGCCAGCACUUCUGUAUCUGGUACCAUCUACUUUGGGACCAAUAAUCGUCAUCUCUUGGAUGAGAAAUGAGCUAGCAGAGUUAUGGGAAGGAACGACACCAAACAUCAACGAGAAAACCCAUAUAGCAGAAGUAUAAAAUUUCAUUAGCGUCGGCUCAUCUUCGCUCCAAACUCAUAUGGAAUUUGUAAAAAAUUCCAGUUGGAAUGAUUAUAUUAAGAUUUUAAAGAGAAAAUAUCAAGUUACAUGUAAUUGACCAAGCUGUUAGGCUCUUCGAUAAAACUUGGGCUCUCGUAUCCUUUGACAGAGAAAAUGUAUUCCGUCACCCACUAAAAACUGGCAAUAUUCCCUUGGAGCUUCAUUAAAA